AUGAAAGAGUCAAAUUUUAGUCACCCAGCAGAAUUUGUAUUACUGGGCUUUUCAGACCAGCCCCAGCUGGAGCUGGUUCUCCUCCUGGUCAUCUCUGUCAUAUACGUCAUGACCCUCUUGGGGAACACAGCCAUCAUAUUGGUGUCACAUUUGAACCCAAAACUCCACACACCCAUGUAUUUCUUCCUCUCCAAUCUCUCCUUCCUGGACCUCUGUUUCACUACCAGUAUUGUCCCACAGAUGCUCUGGAACCUCAGGGGCCCCAAGAAGACCAUUACCUACACGGGCUGUGUGGUCCAGCUCUACAUUUCCCUGGGGCUGGGCUCCACAGAGUGUGUUCUCCUCACCGUGAUGGCCUAUGACCGCUUCAAUGCUAUCUGCCGACCCCUGCACUAUGGAGUCAUCAUGCACCCCAGGCUUCUCCAGCAACUCGCAGCUGUGGCCUGGAUCAGUGGUUUUGUGGAAUCCACAGUUCAGAGCAUCCUAGUUUUCCAGCUGCCCUUCUGUGGCCACAACAGGGUGGAUGAUUUUAUGUGUGAGGAACCUGCACUGAUUAAAAUUUCCUGUGGCAACACAGCCUUCCUGGAAAAUGAGCUCUCUGUAGCUAGCGUCCUGUAUGUGGUCAUACCUCUGGGGCUGAUCCUGGUCUCCUAUGGCUGCAUCGUUAGAAGUGUGCUCAAGAUACAAUCCGCUGAAGGCAGGAAGAAAGCGUUUGGUACCUGUGGGUCGCAUCUCAUAGUUGUAGUCUUGUUCUUCGGGACUAUAAUUUGUGUCUACAUUCAGCCCAAGAGUAAGUACACACAGAAUCACACUAAAUUCCUCACCCUCUUCUACACUGUAGUGACACCCUCAUUUAAUCCUCUGAUCUACACCUUGAGGAACAAAGAGUUUAAGUCAGCCUUAAAAAGGCUGCUGGUCAGAGACCCCCCAGGUUCCAGCUGA